AUGAUAGCCCCGAUCGUCAAGGCGACGAUACAGUCGGCUGCUAUCAAUGCCGUAUCAAACGUCGUGGCACAAUUCAUUGCUGCUCAAAGGAUCAAGCAACCUCUGAUCAUCGACUGGAUCUCCGUCUUUCAGUUCUUCAUAUUCGGCUGCGCGUGCACGCCGCCAAAUUUCAUGUGGCAAGACUUUCUCGAGUCGUCGUUUCCAGGAUACCACAUGGCGCCGACGAGCGAGGCGGUGGCGUCGGCGGCGGCGGGCGACGACAAGGAGCUCGACCGCGAGGCGCGCGAGGGCCGCCUGGUAGAGCCGCGGCUCAACAAGGGCAACACGCUCGCAAAGACGCUGCUGGACCAGACUGUCGGCGCGGCGCUCAACACGCUGCUCUUCAGCACCUUCAUGCACGCCAUCCGCGACGCUAUGGCCCACCACCACGGUGCUCCGGACACCGGCGGCCUCGGCUUCCUGCUCGGAGGCCAGGCCAUUCGCUACGACAACGUCGGCUGGCUCGCUGUCUGGCACAAGACGCGCGCCGAGUUCUUCGGUAUUCUUGUUGCUGGGUGGACGUUCUGGCCGCUGAUCAGCAUCGUCAAUUUUGUCUUUCUCAAGACGGUCGAGGCCAGGAACCUCAUGGGUAGCUUAGCCGGCCUCGCUUGGGGCGUGUACGUGAGUCUCUUUUUGGGCAAGUGA